AUGAUGGCCUUGGACUCGGGACAUUCCCCAUUAUUCCAAACUAGCUUGGAGAUUCCAGCCUUCUUUGUCUCCUAUCGUUGGUGGGAAGAUGAAGCAACAACCGUAUUUUGGGCCUUCGACAUCCAGGAAAUUAGCCGAGUCAUUCGAUUCGGACUCUUUCGCGACGAAAACUUCCCGAGGACUUCUCUUCGCGCUCGAAAUACAGACACCAUCGAUGCCUUCUUGAUUGCCCUAUCCGUUCCCCACGAGUACCAGCUCCUCGAUAGCCUCUCCCAUAUGCAGAGAGUGGAGGAAAUUCUCCGUCGGUCAAGUAUACCUCCGUUCGAAGCCAUUCCCUGGAGUUGGUUCCCGCAGUCUCAGGCAUCAGAUGCACGAGAAAUCGCCACCGCAAUUGAGACCGAGAGCCAUUUUCAUUUCAGACAGAUUGAUUUCGAGGAGUUUGUGCGUGCUGCGCUGGGCUAUAAUGCCUUGUUUGUCGAUUGGUUCUUGCAGCAACAUACGGCUCUUUAUCUUAUUCUCUUAAAUCAUCUCCAAGCUCACCCGGAGGAUGUCCCAUUGUACACCGAGGUUGAAAAGCAUCUGCGGUCGCGGAGUCCAUUUGCUCACCGAGCAUUGCUCCAUAGCCUUAUGGCAGUAAAACCUGGUGGCAGCCGGGACAUACCUCGCCCUAACGCCACUGGGUUCCAGUUCAUUGCAGGGCCAAUCCAGGAUUUGUUCAAGGAUCAGCCUGGAAGGCUGAGCGACAUGCUCAAGAUGCUGAGUGUCUUGGCUGUUCGAUUCCGCCGACAGUAUGCGCAUGCUGCGGCUAUGGAUUGGAAACCCCCAUUUGAUACAUCACUUGCAUUCCUGGAAGACUGUCUCACUUAUUCGUCGCCGAUGGAUCUGGCUCUCAACAUGAAGGGCCUGGAUGAACAUCAAUUCGCCGAAAUCACCCGGCAAGCAUUAGUGACAGAUGACGCGGCUGUCAGACAAUUGUUUGUCAAUUGGCAGACGUUGAAUAUCUCUGUUUGGGAAUGUUGCUGUGCCCUUCCAGACUUGAUCCCAUACCUCCAAGACUGUGUACAACAUUUAUUGGCAACUCGAAACUAUCACUCGCUCAUGGCCAUGAUCAGCGGCCUCCGCAACUACGCUAUUUCCACAAUGCGGACCGACGUGGGCAAUUCCAAUGCCCUCAUCCUAGAGGCCCUGAUUCCACCAGAGAUCAUCUCCCUCAUGAAUCCAGCCGAGAACUACUCUGCAUACCGCCAACAUUACAAAAAAUACCCCGGAGUUCCAUUUUUGAUCCCCCACAUCCGCGAUUUCAAACAAAACGGCGAUACCGGGCUCGAGCCAGUCUGCAAGUUCUUGCAGGCAGAGUAA